GACCGGUCGACCCCUGCGGUGCCGGUGCCCGCGCACUCGUCGCUUUCCAGCUCGGCGUCCACGCAGGACUUUACACGGCCACGUCGGAGUCCCGCUGCCGCGCUACGUCGUUAAGGUGAAGCGGUCGCGCCUUCCCGAUUCGACGUUCCCUCAAACUAUAUAUAAAAGUAACCUCCCGUCCCGAGCGACGAGCCGGUCGCACAAAGACCACCAAUCUAGUCAUCCCUUACGCAGCACAGCGAGCGGCGAGCCGGCGACGGCGAUUAACCUCGACUCAGCGGCGAGAACAGGAAGAACAAGGGGAAGGAUCCGUACGUGCUGCGCGGCCAAUCCAUGGGCAACUGCGCCGUCACGCAGCACGCGGUGACGUCGUGGGCGGACGACGGCGAGUGGGACGUGCCCUCGGCGGCGGCGGCGGCGGCCGACGAGGAGGGCGCCGGAGGAGCGGUUGCCGCCGCCGGGACAAGCGGGAGGAAGGACCACGCGGCGGGGGCGGCGGAGGUGACGAUCAGGAUCACGAGGAAGCAGCUGCAGCAGCUGAUGGAGAAGAGGGCCGGCGGGCUCCACGGCCUCAAGAGGCGGCGGGCCGCCGCGCAGCUGCUGGCGGACGUCAUGGACGCCGGGCAGGUCUUCCACCACUGCAGAGCGGCGCACUGGAAGCCCGCGCUGCAGAGCAUCCCGGAGGCCGUGGAGUCGUGACACGCACGAUCGACGCGCACGCACCACCACACCACACACUGCUUCCUAGUUCCUUCCUCUCUUGGCUCGCUUAUUCGCCGUUAAGUUGCAGCCGUCCAGCUAGCUUCUCAUCCCGGGUGACUCGCGCGCCGUGUCAUUUCUUUUUUCUUUUUUUUUUUUAGUUUGGAUGCAAUAUGCAACUAACGAUGUACAGAAGUAGGGAUUAGUAAAACUUGGAAACGAACUGUGGAUUUCAUGAGCAAUUAACCAUCCAUGUUUUAUGCAGCA